CGUAACGGACUUUGUUAAUGGAUUUGGACGGAGACUAACGGAUAGUGACUAAAUGUGACCUGUUUUUGUAAUUCGAGUGAACAAAAUUGAUAUUAGUUUUUUCUAGUUACUAAACGUGACACGAUUUAAUAAUCGCAGUGACCAAAUGUGGUAUUUACCCUUUCUUUUGGUUUUCAAUUUUUUAGGAAUUUCCGCUUUCACUUUUUCUGUUGCAGCGUGUGGACUGUGGAGCCGUGAAGGGCCAGGUUGGGCUUUGGCAGUCUUGGCAUCCUGGGGGAAUUAUGGCUUGGGGUUAUUCAGUUGAGCCCAACCCAUAAUGGAGAAUGUGUGCAAAGGUUAUUUUUUUUAGGUAAUGUAUAUUUUUUUAUCCAAACCCUUUAUAUGCUAUUAAUUAGCCAAAUCUUUCGUAAUGUAUCAUAAUAUUAGUCAUUUUUAUGUUAUUGUUAAUAAUUUUGUAACUCUUUUCGUAAUUAAAUUACUAAAAUUUUGGAAUGUUGACCUUCAUGUGUCUCUUCAAAGUCAGUAUCAUGUUGCCAAGUGAAUAUUACUAACAAAAUUGCUAACUAGAAGUUAACAUUUGGCCAAUUUUUAGUAUUUUGAUAGGUUUUGCUAAUAAAAAAAUCUUAAAAAGGUUUGGCUAAUAAAUAGUCAUUACCCUUUUUUCUCGAUAAUUCAAAGUUCAAACUUCAAAGGUUAGCAUUUUCCUAAAUAUUCGCUAGAUAGUUUUUAUAAUUAUUAAUCAGAAAAUUUAAGCUAAUAAUUAAAUCAUUUUUUACUGGGAAAAUCAGAAUUAGAUGUGUGUAAAGGUUAUUUUUUAGGUAAUGUCUAUUUUUUAUCCAAACCUUUUUCAGAUUAUUUAUAUUAUCCAAACCUGUUAAAUGCUAUUAAUUAGCCAAACCUUAGUAAUGUAUCAUAAUAUUAGUCAUUUUUAUGUUAUCGUUAAUAAUUUUGUAACUCUUUUCAUAGUUAAAUUACUAAACUUUUGGAAUGUUGACCUUCAUGUGCCUCUUCCAAGUCAGUAUCAUGUUGCCAAGUGAAUAUUACUAACAAAAUUGCUAACUGAAAGUUAACAUUUGACUAAUUCUUUGAAUUUUGAUAGGUUUGGCUAAUAAAAAAGAAUCUGAAAAAGGUUUGGCUAAUAAAUAGUCAUUACCCUUUUUUUCUCGAUAGUUCAAACUUCAAAGGUUAGCAUUUUCCUAGAUAUUUGCCAGAUAAUUUAAGCUAAUAAUUAAACCAUUUUUUAUUGGGAAAAUCAGAAUUAGAGUAAUUUUGAUUUGUUAGUGUUUUAUGGUAUUAAUUUAUUUGUAAGUUUUUUAGAACAUGUGUCUUAUCACCGAGGAACAACCCCACGUACACACUAUAUUUUGUGAUGGCAGAGCGAGACCAAACUUGGGGGCCACCUACUGUAAUUUUAUGUGCCAACAUGGCUUCAUCGCGAGCAGCCACUAGACGAACACCACUCGGGGCAUCGAACCCAGUACCUCACACAUCCCGGGACGACCUACCCAAGGCGGCACCACUAGACUACAAGGAUCAUCGUUGUCGUUGGGGGAUUGAACUCAGGACCUUGUUGGAGACGCUCCACCAGUUAUGCUAGCCUUGUUUCGCGUUUUAGAACAUAAUUACACAUAUUGUGUUUAAACUAGAUAAGUGCGCAUAAGCACGCAUACAGAGAAAAACAUAUAAGGUUUAGCUCAACUUGUGUGGCAACACGCAUACUGAGAGUUCGCGCGGCGGCGCACAUUCUAAGCGAAACAAUAUAAAGUUUAGGUAAUCUCAUGUUGCCACGCGCAUAUCGCACAAAACAUUAUAUAGUUCAGCCCAUCUCACUCUGCCACACGAGUAUAUAAAGUGAAAACUUUAAAAAGUUAGUUCAACAUGUGUACCGUCGCUCAUGCUAAACGAAACUAUAAAAAGUUUAGCUCAGUAUAUGCACGUGUCCAUGCUAAUUGAGCUAUAAUUCUCUUCUUUGUUUCUUUCGAGAAGCGAACAAUCAUCUUCCCAUGCCUUCUAUUUGUUUUUCUUCUUCCUCAAUCUCUCUGCCAAACCCUCCUCUUCCCCAUUCUCUUUUCCGGCCAAAUUCAUUUCUCCGGUGACAUGCAAGUUUAACUCAGCUCGCACGAACACACACAAAUUGAGCGAACUUUCGAAAGUUUAACUCAACUCAUGCGAUUGCGCGCACUGAGUUUAACUUCGACAAGUUUCGCUCAUCUUGCAAGGUCAUGCGCAUCUCAUCUCCACAACACAAUAUUAGUGUAGAUAUAUGUUUUAGAACAUCAUAUUCAUGGCAAUUUCAAAAACAAUUACCAUAUUUUGCAAUUCUCCCACUUCCUACAAAUAAUAUAUGGAGUUUCUCAUUAAGAACCCAUCCAAUUCAAUUUUUCCAGGCCUAUACACACAGUACGGAAGGGUACCAGGUCUUUUACUCACUCGACUAUUUCUCUACUAUUAUUACUUUUCUUUUUUUAAAAGGCAAUAAAUGCUAAUUAAAAUUCAUGCUCCAAUGGUUGACACAAUAAGAAAAAAUAGCCGAAGCUCUAAUUCUUAUGGCAUCAUAAUUCCGAUUUAUUCCCUGUAUCAAUCACUCUACAUUAGCAAUGGCAAUCGAAAGCAUCGUAAUUCUGAUUUAUUCCCUACAUCAAUCACUCUCACCAAUACAUUUGUUUUUUUUAAUAAUUAGAGUACAUUUAUAUAUAAUGUAGACAAACCAAGACGAGAAUUGUGGAUAUCAUAAUGGAUUAGAUUGAUAAGAAUACUCAUGUCCGUCUCAUAUAGCUUAGAGGGUAGGUAUUACCAACUUCAAAGCAAGUCAAAUAGAUCGGGUAAAAUGGGCUACAUCAAAAUUGCCAGCCUUAACCGACAUCAUUUUAAAUAUACAAACACCAUAGUUCUUUUCUUAAUUAUGAAUGUGUUUACAACAUUUAGUUCUUAGAAGUGAAGGCUUGAACAAAUUCUUGGUGGACUCAUGAUGAAUAGCCCCUAAUAAAUUGUUCUCUAUAAAGAUAAUUUACUAUAAAAUAUAAUUACAACAAAACAUGCCUAGGGAUAAAUUUUCAAAUACAACCGGUCAGUACCCAAAAGGGCCAAGACCCGGGAGCCCAACCAAGCAAUCUAAUCUCCAAACUCUACAUGAUGAUGUUCCCCCAUGACUUCCACUACCGUUGGAUCAACAAGCGACAUCACCUCCACCAAAAGAGCCAAACACGAUGGAAAAUGAGGCGUUGGAACACCCAAUCCGGACCGAGGGAGGCAGAGACACCCACAACCACCUCCGACCAACCUUCGCUAGACCAAACAACAUCUACCCGACGAACAGAGCACCGAAAGAAAACAACGUGUUGAACGGACGAUCGGUGACGGUGCCAUGUGAAUGAUCUUCUGUCUCCAAAAUCUUCAAGUUGAGUCCAAUGAUUUAGCCACUAAAUAUGGUUUUAUCUC